AUGAUCUUUUUCUGUUUAGCUUGAAGGGUCACUGGAGCAAGAGAAGAAGAUUCGCAUGGACCUUGAAAGAGCUAAGAGGAAACUUGAAGGAGAUUUGAAGCUGGCCCAGGAAUCCACAAUGGAUUUAGAAAAUGAUAAGCAGCAGCUGGAGGAAAAACUGAAGAAGAAAGACUUUGAAAUCAGUCAGUUCCAAAGCAAAAUUGAGGAUGAACAAGUCCUGGGCAUCCAGCUGCAGAAGAAGAUCAAAGAGUUACAGGCUCGUAUUGAGGAACUGGAGGAAGAGAUAGAGGCUGAACGUGCCUCUCGGGCGAAAGCAGAGAAGCAGCGGGGUGAUCUCUCCAGGGAACUU